AUGGAGCUCUUUGAGACCAACCCUUACUUUUUCCCGGAUCAGAGGUUUUACGAUGGGGAAAAUUUCCUGGGCUCCCGCUUGCAGGGCUACGAGCCGGCAGCGUACCCCGAGCGGCCCGAGGUGGCCCUGUGUCCCGAGGGCAGGGUGGCUUUGGAGGAGAAGGACUCAGCGCUGCCUGAGCACUGCCCCGGGCAGUGCCUGCCCUGGGCCUGCAAGGUGUGCAAGAGGAAGACGGUCUCCAUCGACCGGCGGCGGGCGGCCACCCUGCGGGAGAAACGCAGGUUGAAGAAGGUGAACGAAGCCUUCGAGGCGCUGAAACGCAGCACCUUGCUCAACCCCAACCAGCGGCUGCCCAAGGUGGAGAUCCUGCGCAGUGCCAUCCAGUACAUCGAGCGCCUGCAGAGCUUGCUCAGCACCCUCAACCAGCAGGAGCGGGAGCAGAGGGACCUGCGCUUCCGCCCCGCUGCUGCCCAGCCCGGGGCGGCCAGCGAGUGCGGAUCCGGCAGCUCAUCCUGCAGUCCCGAGUGGAGCAGCCAGCUGGAGUUCAGCACCAACCCUGCAGAUCACCUCCUGGCUGACGAUGCGGUGGAGGACCGCAACCUCCACUCGCUCUCCUCCAUCGUGGAGAGCAUCGCUGUGGAGGACGUGGCCGUGACGUUCCAGGAGGAGCGGGUUCAAAACUGA